AGAGAUGCUCGUGCCGGCCCCCUUCCUGCUGGUCUUGCUACUGCUCCUCGGGGCCCCCCAGGCGGGCCUCUCCCAGAGGUCCCCCAUAGCUGGUUCCAGCCUCAGCUGCCUCCACACAGCCCUGCGUGAGGCCGAGAAGAGUCAGCGGAAGGACACGUCGGGGCUGAUCAAGCGGACCUUCCCCGCCCUGCCCCGCGGAGACCCAGAUGACCAGGAGGGGCAGGAGGAGGAGGACACAAAGAAAAGGACCUUCCCUGGCUCCGUGGGCGGCAGCGGUGGCGGCGGGGCCGGCAGCACCCGGUACAAGUACCCGUCCCAGGCACAGUUCCAGGGGCGGCCAUCCCAGGAAAAGGCCAAGAGUGACCGGCGCACCAAGGUCACUCUGUCCCUGGACGUCCCCACUAACAUUAUGAACAUCCUCUUCAAUAUCGCCAAGGCCAAGAACCUGCGAGCCAAGGCCGCCGCCAAUGCCCACCUCAUGGCCCAGAUUGGUCGGAAGAAGUAGAGGAGGAGGCUGGGGACCCCCUGGGACAAGGACGGAGGUUGGAGGCUGGACAGGGAGGGUUGGCCCGUCCCACCGGUUUGUAUCGGAGGGAUCGGCCCUGGUUUCCAGGCUGUCCACCCCUCUGCGCCUUCCCGCCUCCGGCUCGGUGCCCCCGCCCUCUAUACCUACACACACCAGCGCCCUGUUGUCCCAGAUCCACAGAAGGAGGCCACGGUACUGAUAUGAGACACUGAGGUCUACCCUACAUGUCUCCUCUCUCCCUCCCCUCAAGGAGAGGCAAAGGUCAUGUCCUCCUGCCCUCCACUCCGCUCUCUGACCCCAAGAAGAGGGGUACAGGAAGGCCCUCCCCUCCCCACACCAACACCAGCCCAGGCAGGAAGGCGAGGGCGCUGAGCACCCCACUCCCAGACCCACAUUAAAACCCCUCUCACUCACAUUAAAACCCAUGGCUUCUUGAA